AUGGCGCUCAAACGCAUCCAGAAGGAGCUCCUCGAUCUGACGCGGGACCCCCCGGCCCAGUGCUCCGCGGGUCCUGUGGCAGACGACAUCUUCCACUGGCAGGCUACCAUCAUGGGGCCCGACGAUAGCCCCUACCAGGGAGGCGUCUUCUUCCUAACCAUUCAGUUCCCGUCCGAUUACCCUUUCAAACCACCCAAGGUCGCAUUCACCACCCGAAUUUACCAUCCGAAUAUCAACCGAAAUGGAAGUAUCUGUCUAGACAUCCUUAGGUCCGAGUGGUCGCCAGCAUUGACCAUUUCCAAGGUGUUGCUGUCCAUCUGCUCCAUGCUGUGUGACCCCAACCCGGAUGAUCCUUUGGUCCCAGAAAUUGCAAGGGUCUACCGAAAAGACAGGGUGAAGUAUGACCAAAUAGCUCGAGAGUGGACCCAGAAAUAUGCCAUGUGA